GCUGGGGUCGGCACAGGCACAACGCACCCGCGCCGCCGCUCAAAACGCAGCCGAGGGGGGAAAGGGAAGCACGCCCAAAAAUUUCCCAGGUUUUCGCCUCUCGCGGCGCACCAGCAAACACCCGGAGCGGCUCGCCGUCGGCGCGGAGGAGGAGGGCGGAGGAUACGCGAUGGCGGAAGAGAAUCAGGCUGGAAAGAAAGAGGAGGAGGAAUUUAGCACAGGUCCUCUGUCUGUCCUAAUGAUGAGUGUUAAGAACAACACCCAGGUGCUCAUCAACUGCCGCAACAACAAGAAGCUCCUUGGUCGUGUUCGUGCUUUUGAUCGCCACUGUAACAUGGUGCUUGAGAACGUGCGGGAGAUGUGGACCGAGGUCCCCAAGACUGGCAAGGGCAAGAAGAAGGCUCUGCCUGUGAACAAGGACAGGUUCAUCAGCAAGAUGUUCCUCAGGGGUGACUCGGUCAUCAUCGUGCUGAGAAACCCGAAGUGAGCGUCCAACAAGUCACAUUGCAGCUGUUCCCUCGAUCUGGGAUCUGGGGAAGCCAUGUAUCUGUUGAAGACUGAACUGUAGCUUAUCUGCCUUUGUAUGUUUUGGAGGAUUAACUGGUAGUCCGGAACCGCUGCUCAUGUGGCAUGGUGAUGGCGCAUGAGCACACGUUUCAUGAGUUUGUUAACUGGAGUAUGUACCUAGCAACUGCAGUGUUUGGAUCACGGAAUGUUAUGCCUGCGUUUCUGGUUAUACGGGUCU